CCAGGAUUCGACAUGUCGACUUCGGGUCAGAUCAAGAAACAAGCCUGCCGCUAAUCUUUGGCGCGAAAUGCGUCUGAACUUUAGCGAUUUUCGUGCGGGCCGCGUCCGGUUUUUAGCUAUUUUGGCUGACCGGACUCGAGGCCGAUUCAUCAUCACCCUCGCUUGCACUUGAUGCAAUCCGUUGACCUCGCCGGGAUAUCAGCUUCAUAUCGAUACAUCGCUGCGUCAUAAACCCCGGAGUACCAAACCUUCAAAUACGCCAUACCAAAGCAGAGAAGUGAACCUCUGCCUGAACCCAAAACGAGCUAGAGACGAGCGACAAUGUCCGAUGACGAAGACUGGGCGAUGGGCGGGGGUGAUGACGAGGAUUACGAUUUCGAUUACGAGUCCGGUGAUGAUGAUGGCGAGGAUAACCAGAUGACUGAGGCCGAUCCCGAGAACAACUAUUAUCUCGCCAAAGGGGUCAAAGAAGACGACCCAGAGGAAGCACUCAAGAAGUUCAGAGAGAUUGUCACUGCUGACGCUGCAGAGCCUAGCAAAUGGGGGUUCAAAGCUCUGAAGCAAUCGACCAAAAUCUUGUUCCUCGAACUUCAUCGACCGGAAGAGGCUCUCAAGACUUAUGAGGAAUUGUUACCUUACACCAAGAGCACUGUUACGAAGAACAUUUCUGAAAAGUCGAUCAAUAACAUCUUGGAAUACGUUGCUGGAGAAGGCAAACAUGGGAAGAAGGCGCCCCAGGUCAGCUUGGAGACAUUGGAGGCGUUCUAUCAAUCUACCUUGGCGGCUCUUAGGGAGGCGAACAACGAGAGAUUAUCCGUAAAGGCCAACCUGAAGCUGGCGAGAGUAUACUUAGAGAGGCAGGAAUGGACGAAACUCAAAUCGUUGCUGAAAGAUCUUCACGAGGCUUGCGCGGUGGAAAGUACGGGAUCGGGGACGUCGGCUGAAGAUCAGACCAAGGCUUCCAUGCUGUUGGAACUCUACGCGACCGAGAUCCAAAUGUACAGCGAACUGAAAGACAGCAAGAAGAUGAAGGCGGUCUAUGAGGCUACAUCCAAGGUUAAAUUGGCCAUCGCUCCCCCUAGGAUCAUGGGCGUCAUCAAGGAAUGUGGAGGCAAGAUGUGGAUGAGCGAACGAAACUGGCAAAUGGCAUAUCAAGACUUUUACGAAUCGUUCAAGCAGUUCGACGAGUCGGGUUCGACGCAGAGGAUCCAGGUCUUGAAGUACCUAGUCUUGGCGACCAUGUUGAUGGGCAGUGACAUUAAUCCGUUCGAAGCGCAAGAGACCAAGCCAUAUCGGAAUCAUCCUGAAAUCGCCGCGAUGACGGGUUUGGUGGCAGCGUACGAGAGGCGAGAUGUGCACGAGGCAGAGCAGAUCCUGAAAAAAAAUCGAAGUACUAUCCUACAAGACAGCUUCAUCCGAGCGUAUAUCGACGACGUACUUCGGUCGCUGAGGACUCAGUACCUUGUGGAUCUCAUCAAGCCGUAUACGCGAAUAGAGCUUGGCUUUCUGGCCAAGCAACUCAACAUCGAAAAGCAGGACGUCGAAGGGAUCCUGAUCGAAUUGAUCCUCGAUGGCAAGGUCAAGGGAAAGAUCGAUCAGCAGAAUGGCAGGGUCGAGCUCGAACGAUUCCAAAAUGCCACGCAGGAGCGAUACAAUACCCUCAACGUCUGGUCGGGCCAUCUCGCCGGUAUCUCGCGUAGUGUCACGAACAAGUCCGGGUCCCGCUUUGGCGGUGGUGAAGCGGACCUCCAGGCUGUCGACCUUACCAUGAUGGGUUGAAACCCGGCUUUGGGUCUUUAUACGUUCUCCCUUUCGUGCUUUCCGCUCACGCUUACGCUUCUUAACGACACUUGCCCACACCUCGGACGGCUGCUGUGAGGUUGUAACCAGAAUUCAUCUCGGCUUGAUUCCAUUUAUGAAUUUAUGACGAUAUUC